AUGUGUCUUUGGCCAAAGAAUUCUCGAACUCCUCAAUCGAAGAAGAGUUCAACAGCAUCACAUACGACGGCAAGUACAAAUGAAGAACAAGAGAAAGAGAGUGAAGUUGCCGAAAUGGAUUAUGUGACAAGUUCAUUAAUAAAUGCAAAUGAUAUUGAUGUGGGAAGUGGUGAUGAAGAGAAGGAGGGUGUAGAGAGUGAGGAGAAAGAAAAUGAAGAUGAAAAGUGUGUGAGUGAUGAUGAAUGUGGUGGUGAUGAUGAAGACCUGUUCAAUGAAUGUGAUCCAAAUGAUCCAUGGGUUGUACUCACAGAAGGCAGUGAAUAUAAUGAUGAGUCUGAACAGAAGGUGAUUGGAGAAACUCUUGUGAAAGUGAGAAAGUUAAUUGCCACCAUCAAAACGUCGACUGUUCUAUCAGAAUAUAUCAAUACACUGAAAGAAAAAGAUACAUUCAAGGCACUUCGAAACAAGAGUCUCAUAUCCGAUUGUCCUACAAGAUGGAACAGUACCAGUUAUAUGAUCAAUAGUGUGCUCAAACAUAAACUAGAUCUUCAAGAAUUUGCCAAAACCUGCUAUGAACUCAAUUUGCCUAGCAAUCAACGACGAAAACUAUAUGAGCUAGAGAUCAGCGAGAAUGAAUAUACCAUUUUGGAAAUUUUGUCUUCUAUUCUUACACCUUUUCAUCUGACAACUCAAUUGAUGAGUAAGCAAAAAGAUCCAUCUAUGGGUUUAUGCGUUUUCUCUCUGGCAAAAAUCGAAUCCUAUCUCAAGAAUGAUAUAUCGAACGAUGAUGCUGUGAAUUCAUUGAAAUUUGCAUUGUAUGAAAAAUAUAAACAAUAUUUUGCGACUGAUGGAGGACAACGAAUGUGA